CGCCGCCGCGUCCGCACGCGCGCAUUGUACGCUCCGCACCGACACGUGAUCAGACGCGAACAUAACACGCAAAGGAUUUAACUUGACGUUGCAUGUGUUUAAGUGAAGGCUUCUCAGUGCUUUGAAGUGGAGCCACGGGCUACCGGCGCCGCUGGGCCCGUGAUAGGCCCGGGCGGCGGUAUGGAAUCCCCGCAGAUGUACGACGCGGCCGCAGCGCCACCACCACCACCUCAACCAGACCUGAAGAAAGCAGUAGAAGAUAAGAGACAACCCUUCCCGCCACCGGACCUAGACGAGCUCAAUGGCCAGGAAAUCAGCCUUGACUUACAGCACCUCAUUGAGGACCAGUUCCGAAGUGAGGAGAGCAUGGCCUUAUUCCAGGAAAUACUUCCUGGUGGCAAAUCUCCUCAACCAAGGUACAAUCGGACGACAUUGGCGUACAUGCCACAGCCAGUACACUCGGGGGCGUCUUACGCACCCGUGCAGACAAGCCAGGGGCACGAGCAGGCACCUCCCAUUAAGGAGGAACCGCCCGAGCCUCAUGACUAUCGUAGAUCAGUGACAUGCGCUCAGUACACUGGGCAAUAUAAUCCUCAGCCAACUGUCGGUGUCAGUGGACCGUAUGGAGGAGGAUUUACACCACUACCUCCUCUAGGAGCACCCUUGCUCCCGCCUCUAUUGAAACACAAGCCCGCUCCUGCUAGACGUUCGUCAGGGAAAGUACUUGAUAAGGGAACGGAUGAGUACAGAAGGCGUCGUGAACGGAAUAAUAUUGCAGUGAGAAAGUCUCGUGAAAAAGCUAAAGUACGUUCUCGGGAAGUAGAGGAAAAAGUGAAGACACUCCUCCGGGAGAAAGAAGUGUUACUAAAGAGGCUGGAAGCGGUGUCAGGGGAACUGAGCCUGCACAAACAGAUGUACGUGCAUCUGAUUAACUUGAACCACCCGGAGAUCACGGAGCUGUGCCGCUCCAUGCUGCAGCUGGGAGCGCCGCAGGCGCCGGAUCAUUCACUCUGACCAUUAUAGAUGGAGUAAAAAUCGGCAUAACGCAAGCCCGUGUGAUACUGUGCAUUAACUAAACUUAACAAAAAAAUAUAUGUGACGCCUCUAUAUUGUAAGUUUAGUUAGCGGAAUUACUAUGUGAUUUUUACAGUUUACUUUUUUAUAAAUAUACACGGAUAGUUUAGAUUUUAAGCUGACUAACGUAAGAUUAGAAGAAGACGUAACGAGGCAUAGAUGCAUACGAUUGAACUUGUUUUUUUAAACCUACGUUCUUACGUAAUUCGUUAAUCAUAUAUUUAACUAGAACGUGAUUAAAUCCAUUACAAUGUCACAGAUUAACAACUUUAUUAGCAUCAAUCCUGAUACUUUUAUUUUUAUUUAGAUUUAAAAUUGUGAAUUCCAAUUUUACUGAAGUUUUUAAAAAUUCGAAUGCACAUCACUACAGCGAUUGAGGUAGGGUUAACACAGUGAAUAAUUACGUGAAUUAUUUAUAAACUAAUAUUAUUUAUUCAAAUAUUAUAAAUCUAUGUAAUUACGUGUUUUUGUAGUCUUACGUUUAAUACCUGUCAUCAGAUGUAACUGGUGAGUCCUGUCGUAAAGAAGUGAUCUCAAACGUAGGCAGGGCCUGCUCACCACACGAUCACUGCCAUUGUUGUCUCGAAAAUGUACUCUAAAGUCAUAACAGUAAAGUCUAAGUUUACCUAAAGGCUGCAUCAUAGUUCUUCGUCAAUUCAUUGUCAUAAUAUUCCAUCAUUUGUCAUAGACUUUUAGUUAAUAUGACAGUCCAUUAAUUGAUGUCGUACCAAGAUUGUUGUUAAAGAUGUUAAUGAAAAAUAUAAAAGAUUACUUGUUAAAAUAAAAUAAAAAACUAUUAUAAAAAUGAAAAUAAAUAAUUAUUGUUGUUGUUGCUUUAUAAAUUUUAGUGCAUUAACAUUUCAUUAUGGUCGUUUUUAUUUCAAAUGAAAACCACUCUUUCAUUUUCCUUCAUAUUUCUUAUCAUUAGAGAAAUAUUACUUCGUAAUGAAUUUAUGAGACAUCGACAAUUCGCGCAGCAUUCAUAAAAACACUCAUUAAUUAUGACUGAUCAGAUUUUUACCAAGAAGACGAUAAUAUACUGAACUUUUUCUUAAUUUUCGUUAACAAUUAUAUUAGUUUAUUGUAAUAUAUAGAGUAGUACCUAUAGUUAUGUUAAUGUAAAUUGGUUGUAUAUAAUUUUGAAUCAAUAAUCAAAUGUUUAGAGUUAAUUUGUAAUUGUUUUCGAUAACUCCUUGAACUUAGACAGACUUGAGGUAAAUACUGUUGAAUGGUAGCUCGAUAAUGUUGAAGAUAUUGUUGGUUUUUAUGUGUUUACCCGUUCUGCAUAGAAAUUUUAUUGAUCGUUGAGAAAUACAACUCUUUUUAUUCUUUUUAAUGAAAUAUUUAAUAUGUACAUAAUUCUUAAUUUAGGCGUAUCGCUAAGCGUAUCUAGACAUAAUAUUUCUUGGGUUAAUAUUAUUUUGUUGAGUCUAAAAAUUUUUAUUCCUAUUAAAGUACCUUUAACUUCUUUUUUGUUAGAUAUUUUUCUUGUCUACUUACUUUAAGAUUAAGUGAUGUUUUAAAUGAUAAAAUCAUGAUCUAUUAUGGCGUCGCCAGAUGGCAAGUACAAGGAGCUAUUUAUGUUAUAAAUAUAUUUACUGAUGUAAAUGUUAUGCGCUACUUAAUUUUGUUUUAAGUUAGCUACAAGCACGGGUUCUAGGCUGCUUAAAACAGAUUUAUAUUAUUAUUUUAAUAUAAAAACAAAAUGCAAACAAUAACUUUGAGUGCCACCCCUAAUGAUGUAAUUAAAAAUAUAAAUAGAGUUGUCUAUGCUAAACUUAGGGUUGGCAGUCAUUGUAAAACGGGUCUCGAAACCGAUAGUUACCACAUGGAAUCCUACAAUGUAAUAAUGAAUAUAAGAGAAAUGACAUCUACACACUUUGAAAUA